CGCUCUCCUAGUUCCCGGGGGGCCAGGUGGCGCCGGCCGGCCAACGACUCCCGCGCCCUCCCCGCCCGGUGGCCGCGCCGAGGGGCGGGGCCGAGCCGGCGGCCAGGAAAUGCCCACGGGUGCUUGUCACCUGCCCCGGACGACUUGUUGAUUCCCAGGAGCGCCGCCUUUUCCGUCGCGGCCCUCGAGUGGACGCUCCUUACCUGUUCCCCAGGUGCGGCCCGGGGGAGCUGCUGGGACUCUCCUGCCGGCCCCACACGACGGCACAGCCAUGAGCAAGUUGGGGAAGUUCUUUAAAGGGGGAGGCUCCUCUAAGAGCCGCGCUGCCCCAAGCCCUCAGGAGGCCCUGGCUCGGCUUCGGGAGACCGAGGAGAUGCUGGGCAAGAAACAAGAGUACCUGGAAAAUCGGAUCCAGAGAGAACUCUCCCUGGCCAAGAAGCACGGCACCCAGAACAAGCGAGCUGCCUUGCAGGCACUAAAGAGAAAGAAGAGAUUUGAGAAGCAGCUCACUCAGAUCGAUGGGACACUCUCGACCAUCGAGUUCCAGAGAGAAGCCUUGGAAAACUCACACACCAACGCCGAAGUGUUGAGGAACAUGGGCUUUGCAGCGCGAGCGAUGAAAGCGGCUCACGAAAACAUGGAUCUGAACAAAAUAGAUGAUUUGAUGCAAGAGAUCACAGAGCAGCAGGAUAUUGCUCAAGAAAUCUCAGAAGCAUUUUCUCAACGGGUUGGAUUUGCUGAUGGUUUUGAUGAGGAUGAACUGUUGGCUGAACUUGAAGAACUGGAGCAGGAGGAAUUAAAUAAGAAGAUGACAAAUAUGCGACUUCCCAACGUACCUUCCUCCUCUCUUCCUGCACAGCCAGAGCGGAAAACCAGCAGGGUCCCCACUGCACACCGGUCCCGGGCAGCUUCUUCCAGGAGGACGGGAGAAGAAGACGAUGAUAUCAAACAACUGGCAGCUUGGGCUACUUAAAGCAAGAUGGAGUUAUUUGACACCUAAAUUAAUGAGCUGUACAUAAGACAUGAAAACAUGGUUUUGCCACGUUCAGAAAUUAAUGCAGGCCUUGUUUAAAUGUAUAUGGGUUGAAUACUUGUUUUUUAAGUCUCAUAAGUAAAUGCUUAUGAGUUGCAUGC